UGGGACUGCAAUCUGUGAGGAAAGUGAGUGGAUAGGGAAGAGAGGGAGAGAUGUGGAGAUUGAUUAUAUGAGAUGUAAAGAUGGCAAAAAUAGUUAAAAGUAUGCUUGUUUUAUGAAACGUUAGUGUUAUUUGUAUUUUGCUUGGUCAGAUAGUUAUGAGAGGGUCCGAGAUGAGAAAGAAUGCAAAGGUUUAUAGAUACAUUUGUUAGGCUAGUUUUAGUAAAUAAACAAUGUGGACUUUAAGUAGCUUUAUAUGGAAGCAGGUGAGUGCUGUAUUGCCAGUCCACUCGAUAAAUUAAUUAUAUAAAAAGGGUAGAAGAGGAGAGGUGGGAAACGUCUUCACUGAGGACUAAAGCAUGGGAAACUGCACCAAGCCAUCCAUGAAAAACAAAAUUAAGAAGGGUGUGGCUGAGGGUAAAGGGGCUGGGCCAGAGGCACCAGGACCCCACCCACCUGGACAAGCAGAUGGAGAAAAUGAAGUAACUUCUGAGUUUAAGGGGCCUCUGAAUGCACUAGUCCAAAACUGCACCAUGCUACAUAACAUCGUUGGACCAGCAUGCAUCUUCCUAAGACAGGGCUUCGCAAAGUCACAGCUCGACAGGGAGCUGCGGCCAGAGGAGAUAGAAGAACUAAGAGAAGCCUUUAAGGAGUUUGAUAGGAACAAAGGCUACAUCAACUGCAGGGACCUGGGCGAAUGCAUGCGGACGAUGGGAUACAUGCCAACAGAGAUGGAACUCAUUGAACUGAGUCAACAAAUAAGUGGGGGUAAAAUUGACUUUGAGGACUUUGUGGAGCUCAUGGGCCCUAAAAUGCUGGCAGAGACAGCAGACAUGAUCGGAGUCAAGGAGCUCAGAGAUGCCUUUAAAGAGUUUGACUCCAAUGGUGAUGGGAAAAUCAGCAUCAUAGAACUGAGAGAAGCCAUGAAAAAGCUAAUGGGGGAGCAGCUGAAUCCCAGGGAUAUUGACGAUAUACUUUGUGAUGCCGACCUCAAUGGGGACGGACUUGUUGAUUUUGAAGAGUUUGUGAGGAUGAUGUCACGCUGACAGAAGCCACACAGAAAGACUUUAUUUUCAUCACGAGACUCUAAGAGGGACACAUGGUGCAGCUAUCUGAAUGUUUUCGAUAUGGCUCAAGAGAUACCAUUUGUAAAAAUUACUUUUCAUUUUAUUUAUCAAGUAAGCAUUAUUAAGAGCAGUUUCUCAUUUCAAUAGAGUAAUGUUGUAAAGGUACUGUUUAGUUGGUAUUUUCAAA